AUGAACCACCACUUUUCCGCCGUCGGCGAGAAGCCCGCCGAUGGCAGCUACGAGCAUGGCGUCCAAGUCAUUGACGAGGACAAGGAGUUCAACACCAACAUCACCGAAUACCUCCGCAUGACGGAUGUCGCCGACGCCGGCUUCAACUACCACCUCAUCUCCGUCUUCGGCUCCCAGUCCACCGGCAAGUCGACCCUACUCAACAACCUCUUCGGCACCGAGUUCUCUGUCAUGUCCGAGACGGAGCGUCGCCAGACGACCAAGGGCAUAUGGAUGUCCAAGAACAAGCGCGUCGAGAGCGCCGGCAAGAAGAUGGCCGACAACAUUCUCGUCAUGGACGUCGAGGGCACCGACGGUCGCGAGCGCGGCGAGGACCAGGACUUUGAGCGCAAAAGCGCCCUCUUUGCGCUCGCCACCAGCGAGGUCCUCAUCGUCAACAUUUGGGAACACCAAGUUGGUCUGUACCAGGGUGCCAACAUGGGCCUGUUGAAAACUGUCUUCGAAGUCAACCUGCAGCUGUUCCUCAAAGACAAGCAAUCCACCCCGCGAUCGCUCCUCUUCUUCGUCAUUCGAGACCACCUCGGAAAUACACCGCUUGCAAAUCUCCAGACGACUCUGAUCCAGGACUUGACUAAGAUUUGGACCUCCAUCUCUAAGCCAUCUGGCCUUGAGACCGCCAAGAUUGAAGACUACUUUGACUUUGGAUUCGCUGCUCUCCCCCACAAGAUUCUGCAAGCUGAAAAGUUCACCGAGGAGGUUAACAAACUCGGCGCGCGAUUCUCCGCCGCACAACGAUCCGGCCCCCAAGAAACACACGGCGAGGAAGAGCUGAAGGGUGGCAUUUUCCUUCCCGAGUACCACCGCCGAAUCCCCGCAGAUGGCUUCUCAGUUUACGCGGAGGGCAUCUGGGACCAGAUUGUCCACAACAAGGAUCUUGAUCUCCCCACUCAGCAAGAGCUUCUAGCUCAGUUCCGAUGCGAUGAAAUCGCAAAGGAGGUCAUGGCAGCGUUCGACAUUAUCCUUGCUCCACUAGAAGAAAAGCAGGUCGAAGCUUCCAACCUCGGCAAGAUCCUAGUGCUCGCCGAUCUUGGCGUCACUGGUAGUGAGGCUCGUCAAAAGUGCGUCAACGCUUUCCAGUCUCAAGCCAGCCGCUAUCACAAGAAGGUCUAUGCCGAGAAACGCAUCGAGCUCGAGAGCAAAAUUGAUAUCCGACUCAAAACUCUGUAUCAAGGCCAGCUCGCUUCCUGCCACAAGGGUGGCGUCGCUGCGUUUACCGAUGCCGUGAGCAGCAAGGUCAAGGCCGGCCAAAAGGCUGGUGGUAACUAUGAAUUUGCCGAGAUUGUCUCGAGUGAAAAGGCAAAGGCCCUCAAGGUCUUCAAGACAGAAGCCCAGAGCCUGGCCAUCCAGGGUGUUCCUUGGACCAACUUCAAGGCUCAGUAUCAGCUGUACGAGGCUGACCUCGAUGAGGUCAGUGGAAAGCUGCGCAAGGAGGAGAUGCGACGCCUGGCUACGCGCGUGGAGCGGUGGGUAAAGUCCCGCCUUGGCGAUGCUGUCGGCCUCGAGUUCAACAAGCUCGGAUCCGGUAGAGCCGGAUCCGGCGCCCCGGAGGAGGGCGAGAAGCCGGACACUGAAAAGGACCUCUGGGAUCGUAUCUGGAAAGUCUUUACCGACAUCGUCAACGAGGCUGAGACUCGUUUCGUGGACCGCGCCAAGAGCUUCGAUGCUAGCGAAGAAGAAGUUGUCAUCGGCCUUUGGCGCCUUCGCCGCAAGAGCUGGGUCGGCCUCCGCGAGAAGAUUGAGGAAGAGGUCAUGGAGGGCAACAUCCUGCUGAAGCUCCGUGAGAACUUUGAAGACAAGUUCCGCUAUGACGAGGCUGGCGUUCCGCGCAUCUGGCGCCCCACCGACGAUAUCGAGGGCGUGUAUACCAAGGCCAGAGAAUCAACACUGACGUUGAUCCCGCUGCUCUCUCGCUUCCGUCUAUCGUCAACCUACGCGCCACCUGAUCUGGUGAGCUUCAUCGGCCAUCAGCCAGCCGGCGUUGAAGCGAGCGACGAGGAAGAUUUGGCCCCUAUUGGCGGCGUUGAUGAGGAGGAGGGUAGGAGCCUGGAGGAGGAAAUGACGGUCUUGAGCGAGAGCAAGCGCCAAGACCUCGUUGUACGAUUCAAGAAGACGGCAGACGGCGUCUAUGUUGAGGCCAAGCGCGGCGCCAUCGGCGGCGUUGCGCAAGUUCCUCUGUACUUUUAUGGCAUACUUUUGGCGCUUGGUUGGAACGAAAUCUGGAUGGUUCUGCGCAAUCCUUUCCUGUUUAUCCUUCUCCUACUCAUUGCCGGCGGCACAUACGUCGCGUACACGCUCAACCUCCUCGGCCCCAUGAUGCAGAUGAGCAACGCCGCCGUCAACCAGGGCAUGGACAUUGCCAAGCAGUCCUUGCGCGACUUCAUCGCCAACUCGGACAUGGCCCGCCAGGCCCUUGCCGUCCCCGCGGACCAAGGCAAAAGUGGCGAUAACAUCAGCAUGGACAGGCUCGACAGCCGUGGUAAGAAAACGGCUUCCUCGGCCAACAAGGACGAUGAUGAUGAUGAGAUUUGA